CCGUCUCGUCAUCCGCCGCGUCGCCGGAGGUGGAGAAGGAGCCCUCCUCGCCGCCCCCUCCUCCGCCGGACGAGUCCUCGGCCCUAUCGGUGAGCAGCGAGCAUCGGCACGCCCCCAAUUUUGCUGACAUUUUACCAUGCAUGCUCUGACAAGAACAAGAUGGUUUCUUGGCUCUGGUUUAGCGCAGGCCGUGGCGGAGAGUGUGAAGGUGCUCAAGGAGGCGGCCAAGACGAGGAAGGUGCCGGCCCCGGAGGUGCUGGCGGCGCUGGCCACGAUCAAGAAGGCCAAGCUCGACACCUCGGCCUUCUUCGAGACGCUCGGCGGGACGGAGUCCCCUGGCAGGACAUGGAAGCUCAUCUUCACCGCCCAGGGUAGUAAGCUCGAGAAAGGCAGCUACUUCCCGGUGACCGCCGUCCAGCGCUUCGACGCCGAGGGGCAGAGGAUCGAGAACGGGGUGUACCUGGGCGCGGCGGGGAGCCUGAGCUUCGAGGGGAGGCUGUCGUGGAAGAAGAAGAUGCUGGCCUUCGUCUUCGAGCGGGUGCGCGUCAAGCUCGGGCCGCUGCCCACCCUGGAGAUCCCCUUCGGCGGCGGCGACAUGAGCAGGGAGCCGAGCAGCAAGGACCCCUUCUUCUUGUGGUUCUACGUCGACGAGGAGAUCGCCGUCGCGCAGGGCAAGGGCGGCGGCACCGCAUUCUGGUGCCGCUGCAAGCGCGUCGAGGGGCAAGGGCGGCGUCCCGCCUUCUGGUACUUCGGUUUCAACAUAAUUUAGAUAGAUCAGCAUCAUAGCGUCCACCUCUCUCUCUCUCUCUCUGUCUAGUCUGUCUGUCUGUCUGUCUAGCUGAAUGUCUUGGUGUUCAUCGCCUUACUGUAUAGGAGGAUCAUGCAUGUAUAGGGAUGGGAUGGGAUGGGAUGGGAGUACGCUACUUGCACAGCUUUUCGCUCUGCCUUUGUAUCAAAAAUGCUAGACGUAUAAGGAAUUAUAAACGGUUACUCGUUGAUUA